GACUAGGAAUGCCUUAAGAAUAUAAGAACUUUUAACACAUCUGAAGGUAUUGCUCUGUAAGCAUGUAGUUGGAUGUGGGAGAACCAACUAAGAACUAAGAAGUACGUAUAGUUAUUUCCAACCAUAUAUAACAAGAAACAAAAGUCCAGUUGUUUGGUUUAUUGGUUGGGAGAAAGUUAUUAGGGUCAGCUAGGGUGGUUUAGAAUUAUAGUUUUCAGGUAUAUGAUGGUAGUUUGGAACUUAUGGUCAUGGACAAUAGAAUAUGUAGAAAACCUUAGCGGUCAACAAUAACCAUCGAAAAAAGAAGAAGUUAGAGUGAGAAUGUAUACCGGCAUGUUGUAGCUACUAGUAGAUUGGUAAUUACGAAUUAUUUAUUUAUGACGAACGAUAAAUCAGGGCAUCCACGAGAAAUGCAUGUUAAUAAAAGUUCGUGAAAAAUGUUACAAAUCUCGAUAUACGAGUGAAACAGAUUUGGAAUGAAUAAUAAUUGUAUCAAGAAUCACGAUAAAUAUAUAAUUAUCCAACUGGUUUUCAUGUCGGCAUAAAAUUGCGAACUAGCAAAUAGAUGGUUUUUUGGCUGGUGUUGGAAAUUAAAGCUUUGUCUGUUAGAUUACUGGUCGUCUGGUCCACAGCCACAACACAGCAUGGGUAGGGUAGAGAUCAGUAAUGGUUUACCUAAUGAAUUGAAGCAUGGACAAGACAUGAUCAAGAGAUGGAGAGUUCCAGAAACAGGGGGAUUUUAUGGAUAAUAGCCAUACAUUUUUUUCUUUUGUCUUCUGGAACUGAAAGAGGGGACAACCACCAUUAAAGUAAAAGUAUUAAAUAAUAAAAAAGGGAAAAGAUCAAAAAUUAUUUUAUUUAAUAAAAAAAUUAGUCAGAUAGUGAAAUUUCCAUGGUCCAUGAAACCGUAUCGGAGACCGUAUCGGAAAAAUCAGCGACAUGGUAUUUUAUGACAAAACCGUGGUUUAACCGUUAGUACCGUUAAAUACAAGAGAAAAAUUUUAUCUAGUAAAAAGAUUAAAAAAUAAAUAAACACAAAGCAGCUAAGAACAAGGACAAGCCUAAGAAUCAUUCCAGGAGAUAUAAAUUACCACCGUCUUGAUCAAUUGAACUCCAAACAAAAAAAAAAAAAAAAAAAAGAGAAGAAGAAGAGGCCGAGACUUGUAUCAAGUUUCACUUCAUUUGUUCUUUUUUCUGUACACUGCCCAUACACACAAACACAUAUAUCAUACCCACAAAACCAGAAUGCACACAUCCAAAAUCCAGACACAAUAACACAAACAAAAAUCAAAACUAUCUUAGCUUCUUCCUCUUACCUGAAAACCAAUGGAUUCAAAGCUCGACCUUCUCCUCCGCUCCUUCACAUUCUACAUCUCAUCAAUCCUGUCCAUAAUCCGCUACUUCCUGACAAGCUUCAGCCGUUUCAAGCAAAUCCCAUCUGCAUUCACCGUCUCCGACACCUGCAUCUCGCUUUACUUUCGCCUCCUCGGCCUCUCCCCUGUCUCGAUCCACGUGGACGACGAGACAACCCUCCAUUUCUGGGCUAGCCGUGGCAGAAGUGGUGGCCGUGACCGGAAACCUGAUGAUGAGAGGCCUAACCUGGUCAUGAUCCACGGCAAGUGCGGGGACUCUCGCUGGCAGUUCAUGUACCAGGUUGGCCACCUGUCGCGGCGAUUCGACCUCUACAUCCCCGACCUGCUGUUCUUCGGCAAGUCCUACACGACGAGAAAGGAGAGGUCAGAAGCCUUCCAAGCGAAAUGCCUGGCGGAAGGACUGAGGAAGCUGGGGGUGGACAGGUUCUCCAUUUACGGGAUCAGCUAUGGAGGCUAUGUUGGGUAUCAUUUAGCUCACAUGAGUCCUGACAGAGUUGAGAAGGUUGUGCUGAUGAGCACCGGGGUGGGCUGCAACGACGACCAGAAGGACAAAAUGGUGGCGAAGCUCGGUAGAGAUCCUAAAGAGCUGCUCGUCCCUCGGACUUCAGAUGACCUGAGGGAGCUCAUGUAUAAGUCUGUUUACAAGAGCAAUUACAUGAAGCUGAUUCCUGAUUCUUUCCUUCAGGAUUAUCUCAAUGAUAUAGGUAGUAUCCACAGGAAGGAAAAGAUGGAGCUGGUGGAUCAUUUGUUGGCCAAGAACUCUGAUGCAGGAAGAAGCCUUCCUGUUUUAGCUCAGGAUACUCUUCUGAUAUGGGGCAACAAGGAUUAUGUGUUUCCAAUGAAUCUAGCUUACCAGCUGCAAAGGCACUUGGGAUCAAAAGCAAGAGUGGCAAUAGUCAAAGACGCAGGGCACGCAGUAAAUAUGGACGCUCCUGAUCAAGUUAACAGGCUCAUCGUAUCAUUCAUUUUGGGCUAACUGGUCACAGUAUUCACCAUUAAUCAUAUCUUUCAGCUCAAUUUGUUGAAUUUUUGGAUCAAAUAUUCAUUCGUGUAUUCAUCGAUAUUCUUGUAACGAUGCUUUGAAAUGCAAUCAGACAAAAGUACUUUAGAAUCUAAAAGCUAGAGUAUGCGUUUGAUCAAGAGAACAUAGCAUCAAACAAGCUCAAACAAUAUGUGAAGGCAGAUAAUCAAGUCCAAUAGGCAAACUCAAAAUGACAAAGACUUGAUGUAGAGGUUUAAUCAUAAAAAGCUUACCAAGGAGUUGGAGCGGCCUGAGUCUUGUUUGGAUAUGGUUAGCUAUAUGAUUAGGUUCCAUUCUCAGCCUGAAAUCAACUGCAAAGCUUUAGGUUCCAUUCUCGGCCUGAAAUCAACUGCAAAGCUUCCUGCCGCCACUGUGUUUUACCUGCAAUAGAACCUUAAAAUGAGUUGGUGAGAACUUCUGUUAGUCUACUCAAGUUCGAGAUUCUGGACUGCACCUAUAAUUGGUAGCAGAAGUUUUAUGGUUAGGAAUUUUUUUUUCCUGGAAAAUAAGCCUAGUAACUGAUCAUAACUGUGAUGGAAGAAAUGCUCCCUUUUCUCUCCAAGCUAAUAGGUUCGUUAGAGUUUAUGUAUUUGGUUAGCUAAUCUAACAUAUUAGAAGACCUCCUCCUAUAAAGAUUCGAUUUCCAAUUUCCUUCUAAUUCGGCAUUUACGAGAUUGCAACAUGGUCUCGGAGCCUAGUUACAAAGAUUUUUCCAAAAAGAAUAAUACAGGGUGAUAGAUAGGUUGCUACAGAGAGGAAGUAGAAAUCAAUGCACACAGUUUGAAGAAGCUGCUGAAUACUGAUAUGAUAUGUUGAUGAUCAAGCUAGACCAGACAAGAAAUCUCUGGAAUGCAC